GGUUUCAGAGCGGAGGCAGGCGCUCCGCUUCAUUCAGGCUCCAGCCGCCGGAGACAAUGGGUGGGAUAGCAGUGCCUGUCGUCUGCAUCGUCUUGUCUGCCACCCUUCACCUCAUGUACGGUGAAAAUGUGUUCCUUGAUUCCAAAUCUGCCAGUCAAGUUUUCGUCCGUGCCAGGAGAGCCAACUCCUUGCUAGAGGAGUUAAAGGCAGGGAACCUGGAGAGAGAGUGUUUGGAAGAGAUUUGCAACUACGAGGAGGCUCGCGAAGUGCACGAGGAUGUGGGCAAAACCGCAACUUUUUGGGCCAGAUAUGGGGUAUGCAAUGGCCCCAAACUGCAAAGAACCAAGAGCAACACUGAAAACCUGAGAAAGUGCUUGACCCCUAAAAAAGCUGAAGGUCAGUGCAUCACAGGUAUCGGUAUGGAAUACCGGGGUAACGUUUCGGUUACGGCGUCAAAGAUAGCAUGUCAGUUCUGGAAGAGCAACUUCCCGCACAAAAUCACGGAGUUCAACGUGUCGCUUGACUCAAGCCUGACUGAGAACCACUGUCGGAACCCCGACCAAAGCCCCAAGGGGCCCUGGUGCUACACUCGGAACCCCGUUAUCAGGAGGGAGCACUGCAAUAUCCCAAAGUGCGGAGAGCCGCUUGCUCCAAUCGAAACCCAGGCACCUUCAGGUGGGAAGGGUAAAAAGGUCACAAGCGACUGCUUACUAAACAGUGGGCUGGACUACACGGGCACCCUCUCUGUCACUGUACGGGGCUUCAAGUGCCUUCUGUGGUCAUCACCGAAAGCGGUCGCGUUCAGCGCUGGCCAUGAGUUCCUUCCCGAAGUAAAGCUGGUGCAGAACCACUGCCGAAACCCCGAUGAGGACCUGGAGGGACCGUGGUGCUUUGUGGAUCACCCCAAUAUCACGAUGGACUACUGCAGCUUGGAGCUGUGCGAUGAACCCCUCAGUAAGUUUGCAGACGAUACAGAGGGACGUGAAAGGACCGUGGGUGGCGAGGCACAAAAGGCCUUUUUCGAACCCCGUAGUUUUGGCCAGGGUGAGGAAGUGUGCGGGCUGCGGCCGAUGUUCGAAAGCGUGAACAAGCAAGACGAGACGGAACAGGAGCUCCUAGAUUCCUACCAAGCAGUUCGAAUUGUGAAGGGCAAGGAUGCAGAAGUAGGCAGCUCGCCAUGGCAGGUGAUGCUCUACAAGAAGAGUCCCCAGGAGCUUCUGUGUGGAGCCAGUCUGAUCAGCAACGAGUGGAUACUCACCGCCGCCCACUGCAUACUGUACCCGCCCUGGGGCAAGAACUUCACCACCGAUGACAUUCUGGUCCGCCUUGGCAAGCAUUACCGUUCCAAGUUUGAGAGAGGCACAGAGAAGAUUGUGGCCCUUGACAAGAUCAUCGUCCAUCCAAAGUACAACUGGAAGGAAAACCUGAACCGGGACAUCGCGCUACUGCAUAUGAAGAAGCCUAUAACCUUCAGCAGUGAAAUCCAUCCAGUUUGCCUGCCAACCAAGAAAAUCGCAAGGACGCUGAUGUUCACCGGCUACAAGGGUCGGGUCAGUGGCUGGGGGAACCUGAAGGAGUCCUGGUCCUAUUCCCCAGGCAACCUACCCACCGUCCUGCAGCAGAUUCACUUGCCCAUUGUAGAACAUGCGACCUGUAGGGCAUCCACGAACAUCCCCAUCACGGAUAACAUGUUCUGUGCAGGGUACAAACCAGAGGACACAACCAGAGGAGAUGCUUGUGAAGGAGACAGCGGAGGCCCUUUCGUUAUGAAGAAUCCGGAUGACAGCCGGUGGUACCAGGUGGGAAUCGUGUCGUGGGGAGAGGGUUGUGACAGGGACGGAAAGUAUGGAUUCUACACCCACCUAUUCCGCAUGAUGAAAUGGAUGAAGAAGGUCAUUGAGGACAGUGCCAGCGAUGAUGACUGACACGAAUAACGUCGCCGUUUCGUUAUUUCAGUCAGAGUUCAAUAAACUUUACACUGAAUUGUAAGACAUCUCA